UCCCAUUCUAUUACCUUUGUGCCAAGAGCACGUUAAGCUGCCUGGGCUGUUCCGCUACCGGCGUGUAAAGAAGCUCCGCCUAACGGCUAAACCAAUGAAUUUCUCUCCUUAAAGGAAUCUACUUCCCUGACUGUCAACUACUCGCUUCUUCACCGGUAUCACACCCGCGCCAGACUGAACAGCAGAGUUAGAACCCAACCAAAUACGAUUCUUGUAUUAUCUUACCGAAAUUCGGAUCCAUUUGGCUCCAAAGGAGCAAGCGCGGGAGUUCUAAUAGGACUUUGAGACUAGAAAAAUCCUUCGGGCUGCUGAGAACAGAGAGAAGUAGUUGCAGAGAGGUUUGAUAGGGUUAGGCAGAUGCCCCAUUAUUCGUAAACAAGAAGAAAUCCAGAUUAGUUUGAUGGAGCUGUGGCUUAGCACAAGCAUGGUGUCAAUGUGGUUCCUCUCGACUAAACACUUAAACAAUUGGAUCCAGUAGGGUUCAAUAGAGGUAUGGUAUCGGCAACCUUUUAGGGAGCGAUAUUCUUUUGAAUAAGAUAGCUGCCCAGAGCUUGCGACGUACCUACCCCCUGGGCGUAGAUAGAAUUAGGUAAGAUAAAAAUCGAUUGGAAAGUCCUAAAUUAGACCAAUUCAAUUCCGUCUGCUAGAAUAAGAAAAAAGUGCUUCCGAAUUGAUCUCAUCCUUUAUAAUGAGAAUUUCUCUUUGUUCAGUAAUAACUGAAUCUUGCAAUAAAACACUCUUGCUUGGAAGGUAUGGUAAAGGUAAACUGUUUCUAUUUUUUGAUAUAAAAAAGAGAGUGCUAAAGGAGUCAUUCAGAAGUGAGUGAAGGGGCGCAGAAAAAAGCUCAUUUCUUUCAUUCAGGAAUGGACACUGGACCAGAAUGAAAUGUGGGAAUAUCGGGAUUGGCAGAUUUGUUAUAUUGAAAUAAAAAAAAACUCAACACGACUAGUGAAUUCAAAUUAGAGUCACUUGCGGAUUUCUUCAAAUUGUUGUAGUGUAGUAUUGUGGUUUUUCAGUAAAGACCCCGACCUAUAAAUAUUCACAGCCCGGCUCAUACGGGCGGACAAUAUUCACCCAGAGCCCCGUUGCGACCGCAAUGCUGUUCUUGAAGGACCUUACCUUAGAGCAAAAAAAAGGGAAUAGAAGUUAGGAAGACUACUGACGUAGGGCGGCGGGUGAGCUCAACCUCGAACCAAACAAGCAACGGAUUGAGCAACUAGCGCGAAAGCCGUUGCGCGUUAGCGCAUCCGUUUUCUUGCUCCAUCGUUAUUAGUUUCUAUUCUCUCCCUGCACGAACCUCGGUCCAAUCAAUUUGUUUGGAAUUGGGGUUAGGACCGGUUAGAACUCCCAUUUCCCGAUCGGAGGUUUGAGCUGCUAUGGCAAGCUUUUUUUCCGAAUAGUGGGUAUGGGGAACCCACCGUACCAACACGAUUGGCUGGUGUUGCUGAUACCGGACCCGUUAUAACCCCGAUUGGAAGGGCAGGCCAGUCUGAGGCUCUGGGGAUGCGAGGCCAUUGAAAGUGAGUAUCCCAUAUUCUAUGACGGAGAUAGAGCAUUAAUUGCAGUUUUCACCCCACCUUAACGACCGAGCGAGGGAUGAAAUCUUUCGACGACUAGGGAGGCGUCACCCGAGGCCGAUUCCAGUGGAUCACUAUAGAAUCUUCUAGAAGCAGGUUCUCCGGGCACUAUGGUAGGACGUGGAUCGAUCAUGACGAGAAUGGACUUCUCCGUCAUGUAAUGGUUUAGAAGAGUCACGGUCCUGUUCCCCGCCGGGCUUUUUCCCUUCUCGACUAGACGAAGGAGAUAUUCAUUCCAUUCAGGCAGGUGAGGAAGGGCGGCGUCGGCUUGACCCUGUCUUCUCUCUUGGUCGGGUCGGAGGCUAAGUUUCUCAUUCAGUGGUGAGGUGUUCAUAGAAAGCAAGGCCUCGCCCAACGAGUGGCGGAUUUGGUUUGGAUGGGGUCUCGCUUGGACGCUGGGGAGAUCCAUAGAUCUGGAUAGAGUCUUUCUCGCUCAGUAAAGAAGAGUACGCGCGCUACGGCUUACGCAGUGGAUCUUCGGGCAACCAACCCGGCACAUCCAAUUCCGAUCAACAACUUGGAGGUAUGGCUGAGUGGCUUAAGGCAUUGGUUUGCUAAAUCGACAUACAAGAAGAUUGUAUCAUGGGUUCGAAUCCCAUUUCCUCCGGCACGGAAGUAGAACGGGCGGGCGAAAUUACGUGAGAGAAAGAACCUCAGAUUGAUGGAGUCCGCCGUCGGACAGAAUAGCUGCUUAGUGACUAGGAGCGGAGCGCCCCUUUCUUGUUCUUGGUGGCGUCUAUAGCGAAGAAGACCUUCCCGAACGAGGGCCGUCCAGUCCCUGGCCGGCUCUCGGUUCUUGAGCAAGCUCCUCCACUGCAGGUAGGAUGCUCAUAGAUGAAGAAAAGAGACUUUAGGCAAGUGGUUCUGGUAGCUCAGCUGGUUAGAGCAAAACAAGCAACGGAUUGAGCAACUAGCGCGAAAGCCGUUGCGCGUUAGCGCAUCCGUUUUCUUGCUGGACUGCAAAUCCUUUUUUUCUUGUUUCAGUGGGAAGAGCAAGGGGCAUUGCCCUUGAAAUCCUUCAGUGGUUCGAAUCCACAUCUGAGCGUCUUUUUUUCGGUAUGCCGCUCCGCGAGCAAGGAGCGCCGCGAGGAGAGCGAGAGAACGAAGUGGGCUUUGGUGAUGUCGGAAUUUGCACCUAUUUGUAUCUAUUUAGUGAUCAGUCCGCUAGUUUCUUUGAUUCCACUCGGUGUUCCUUUUCCAUUUGCUUCCAAUAGUUCGACCUAUCCAGAAAAAUUGUCGGCCUACGAAUGUGGUUCCGAUCCCUCCGGUGAUGCCAGAAGUCGUUUCGAUAUACGAUUUUAUCCGGUUCCUAUUUUAUUUAUUAUCCCUGAUCCGGAAGUCACCUUUUCUUUUCCUUGGGCAGUACCUCCUAACAAGAUUGAUCUGUUUGGAUCUUGGUCCAUGAUGGCCUUUUUAUUGAUUUUGACGAUUGGAUCUCUCUAUGAAUGGAAAAGGGGUGCUUCGGAUCGGGAGUAA